AUGAAUGAAGAAAAUGCAAUUCCUGAUACAAAAUUAGUAUCAAUAUUGAUUACCACAAUCUUUAUUGUCGCAUCAGCUUUAUAUCCUGUACUUGCAAACGCAUUGUUGCUUGGUUCAUUCAAAUGGAAAAAUGGUCUUACACUUCCUUUCCAAAAACCAUGGUUAAUAACAUGGGGUGUAUUCAGUGGAUACGUUUUAUGUUCUAUUCCUUUACUUUUUACAACAAAAUGUUUCAAGAAUGAUAAAACUGUUACUUGGCACUUAUUUAGAGCAUGCGCAUUACCAGCAUGUUGCAUGGUUGUUUCAACAGUUUUCCAGAUCUACUCUUUAAUAUAUUUAUCACCUUCAGUUUGGAAAUCAGUUCAAUUCUUUGGUCUUAUUUUCACUACAUUAAUUACAUCAGGAUCGGAACAAUCACACUCCAUCUUACUCGAAUGGACUGCUCUUUUGAUCAUUUUCAUCGGUGUUAUGCUCAGUGGCACAUCUGCUCUUUUCGCUGAUAGAUAUCAGGAUAAUGAUCCAUCAGAUACACUUUAUGCCAUUAUUUUCAUGUUAUUCGCAGAGUUAAUCAAAGCAGGUCAGACAAAAAUUGAAGAAAUUAUGCUUCAUGAGAUUUUAACAAGCUCAUAUGUCAUCAUGGUCUGUGAAGGUGCAUGGGGAUGGUUCUUAACAACAUGUGUUGGCCUUCCUUUUGUUCAUAUCUCCACUCCAACUUCUCCAAUUUUAGUUUACGAAAAUACAUACGAAUCUCUACAAAUGUUUGGCAUGUCCUCGAACUUACCAAUCAUGUUCGUAUUCAUUGCCGUCAUUGUUGGAAUCUACGGUUAUAUCGGUGUUAUUGUUAUUUCUCAUUUGAGCGCUAGAAAGAGGAAUGAGUUCGAAUCAAUAUCACCAAUAGUUGUGUGGAUAUUCUCUAUAUGCGCACAUUACUUAACAAACAAUACAAACGUAGGAGAAAGCGCAAAAUUGUUUUCGAUUCCACAAGUUUGCGGUUUCAUCAUUUCUAUCAUCGGAGUUGCAAUAUAUGACCAGAAAAUUCAACUCCCAUGGAUUAUUUAUGAACAAGUUCCCGAUGAAAACGAAUUAUCCGACGUUCCAUCAGAAAAUGAAGAAACUGCUACAGAUGUUACCUUAAAGACACUGUAA